CUCUCUCUCUCUCUCAACCACCACCACCAACCCAAAACCAACGCCAUGCCUUCAGCGAAAGACAUGCUAACGACGGCGGCCUCCGUCGCAGCGUCGGCAAUGGUCAUCCGCACAAUCACGAACGACCUGCUGCCGCACCACCUCCAAGACCUCCUCUUCUCAACCAUCUCCUCCUACUUCAACCGCUUCUCCUCCCAACUCACCAUCACCAUCCAAGAAUUCAACGGUUUUGCCAUCAAUGACCUCUACUCUGCUAUCGAGAUCUACUUAGGCUCCAAAAUCUCCCCAACAACAAGGAGGCUGAGAGUAUCCAAGAACGACAGCGACAAGGACUUCACAGUCUCCAUGGAGAAAGAUGAGGAAGUCAUCGACAUCUUCCAAGGUAUAAAGCUCCAAUGGUGGUUUGUCUGCCAACAGAGCGAGAAGAACGUCAUCCACUCAUCCAACGGCCAAAAUUCCGUCGUCCGCUCAGAGUCCAGAUCGUUCCAGCUCAGCUUCCACAAGAAACACAAAGACAAGGUGUUACACUCUUACUUACCUCAUCUUCUAAGUACAUCCAAAGCGAUGAAGGAACAGAAGAAGGAAGUGAAGCUGUACACGAUCGAUUCUAACCAGAUGUACGGCAACUUUGAGGACGCAUGGAUUCCGGUCAACCUCAACCACCCAGCGACGUUUUCAACGGUGGCGAUGGAUUCGGAAUUGAAGCAGGCGUUGAUGGACGAUCUGGAGAGGUUUGUGAAGAGGAAGGAAUUUUAUAAGAGAGUGGGGAAGGCUUGGAAACGUGGGUAUCUGUUGUAUGGCCCACCAGGAACUGGCAAAUCGAGCUUAAUCUCAGCCAUGGCGAAUUUCCUCAGCUUCGACGUCUACGAUUUGGAGCUGACAGACGUGACGCGGAAUUCAGAUCUCAGGAGAUUACUGAUCGCGACCGCUAAUAAAUCAAUCCUCGUCAUCGAGGACAUUGACUGCAGUGUUGAAUUCAAAGAUCGUGGAGGAGCGGUGGUUGAUGAAGGAGGGACGAAUCCAAACCAUCCACCCCAGAGUGAGGUGACCCUUUCAGGGCUGCUCAACUUCAUCGACGGCCUGUGGUCGAGCUGUGGCGAUGAACGGAUCAUCAUCUUCACUACAAAUCAUAAGGACAAGCUGGACCCCGCUCUACUGCGGCCCGGGCGCAUGGACAUGCACAUUCACAUGUCCUACUGCAACCUCUCCGGAUUCAAGACCCUGGCCAAGAACUACCUCAUGAUGGACGAUCAUCCACUCUAUGGGGAGAUCCAACGGCUAAUAGCGGUGGUGGAAGUCACACCAGCACAGGUGGCCGAGGAGCUGAUGAAGAGUGACUAUCCGGACGUGGCCCUUCAAGGACUCAUCGAAUUCUUCGAGAGGAAGAAGACUGAAGACCUCCAAGCCAAAGCUAAGGUAGAAAGAGAGUCUGAAGGAGAAGGGCAAAAUGGGGAGGAAAGUAAAAAUGAGGGGCAAAAUGGGAAAGGAGGAGAUAGUGAAAACGAGGAGUAUAUCGAUGGUAAAGGACGGGAAGCCCAAAGAAGGGGGAACCAUUGAUUUCAUUGUCUGACUAACAACUACGUUUUUAAUUCAUUCAUUCAAAUGAAAUCAAAAAGAUAUACCAUUACACAUUUAUUGGACGGUUAAAAAUGAAAUGUACAAUUAUCUUAUUUCAUUGAAGGAAGAAAAUAAAGGGCACACAAAAUCAGAGGUUAAGAUUGUUGAACCAACCUGAAUUUCAAAUUAUAAGUUUUU